AUGAGUCGAUGGGCCGCAGACAGCAGCCGUACGACGGAACAAUACGAGCUCGUCCCCUCUGACCGACGACUGUCAGAGGAUGAUCUGGAUGCUGGGCAUACCAGUGAGGCCUCGGACCUGAACAAUGCAGUCAUCUCCACAAAUGACCUUCCUGGACCUAAACCAACCGCGUCUCAGUCGAGUAGAUUGCGACAUGUACCAGGCGAAGUACCGUGGACCGCUUAUGCGAUUGCUCUUGUAGAGCUGGCCGAAAGAGCAUCAUACUACGGGGUAGGAGGGCUAUUCCCGCAACGUCCUCUCCCUGCUGGUGGUCCAGGAACAGGCGCACCUCCUCCCAACUCCCAACUCACCCCGGGAGCAUUAGGAAUGGGUCUUCAAGUAUCUACAGCUCUAAGCGUCAUUUUCUCUCUAUUGGCAUAUACCACUCCACUACUAGGAGGUAUAUUAGCGGAUAUGAGAUGGGGUAAAUUCAAGGCUAUAGCUGUUGGCACUGGUAUCGCGGGGAUCGCACAUGUACUAUCUGUAUACGCUGCUUUACCAUCCUUGCUUCAGAGUGGAGGAGCGUUCUUACCGUUCUUACUGGGCCUGUUACUUCUUGGUGGAUCAGCAGGCCUGAUCAAAGCCAACAUAGCGCCCAUAAUGGCCGAACAGUACACCCCAUCGUCCAACUAUGUUGAAACACUACCGAAUGGUGAAAAGGUUAUCAUAGACAGAGAGGCAACGAUUCAGAAAAUCAUGUCUGCAUAUUACGGUUCGAUCAAUAUUGGAGCUUUUAUAGCUAUUUCAUCUACUUUUGCUGAGAAAUAUGUCGGCUUCUGGCUAGCCUUCUUGAUACCUGGUUUGAUAUUCCUCAUUAUGCCAUUUAUCCUACACCUAACAUACCCCCAUCUCGUCCCAUCCCCUACACCAUCUUCAUCAACUCUGAUCGAUACGUACCAACAAGCCCGAACCUAUCUGUCCUCAUCCCAACAUAUACGGUACAAAUUCGAAGAAGACGAUUCGAUCGACCAUGCCGAUAAUAUUGAUGAACAUUAUUUCGGUAAAAUCAUACAAGCUUGCAAAUUCUUUUCUUUCUUCAUUAUUUACAAUAUCGCAGAUGGCGGAUUGAACGCCUUGUUAACCAGUCUAGCUGGGUCGAUGACCACAAAUGGUGUACCAAAUGAUUUCCUUGGACAUGCAAAUCCACUGGUCAUCGUUGUAUCGAUACCACUACUAAAUCGAUAUGUAUAUCCUUAUUUCGCUGCCAAAAGGAUCGCCUUUGGGCCUGUCAAAAGGGUUAUAAUGGGAUUUCUGUUGGCCGCUGCAGGUAUGGCUUGGGCAGCUAUCAUACAACAUGGUGUAUAUCAAACUUCGCCUUGUGGAUAUCAAGCUACGACCUGUGAGGAAGGAAGUGGUGUAUCAACUCUGAGUGCAUGGUUAGUAUUGCCCUCUUUCAUCUUAUCAGGAUUAAGCGAAUCGUUCGCUGUAGUAAGCGCAAUGCAAAUAGGAUACAUGCUAUCCCCUCCUUCUUUACGUUCGAUCAUCAAUUCCCUAUUCCUAUUCACCCAGGCAUUAUCAGCUAUGUCAAUAUUGAUUUUCUUGCCAAUAAUGAAAGAUCCAUAUCUCGUUUGGCCAUUCGUGAUUACCACGAUCAUAACGCUGGUCGCUACUUGGUUCGUAUGGAGGUUCUUCUCACAUUUAGAUAAUAGAUAA